UCUCUCCCUCACUGUCUAUUGAGGAUCAGAUGAUGAAGGCUGUUCAGUCUACCGCUCUGUCUCUGAUGACAAUGGUAAUGAUGAUGGUAAUGAUGAUGAUGAUGAGGGUCUCCGCUGGUCCUCUUCCUGCUUCAUUCGACAGGCGUGAUGAUCUGAACGCUGACACUUCUCACCUGCUAAAGAUCAGAGAGGAAAACUCCACCAGCAGGUUUGAGUCCCGUCAACACGUCAACAACACCAAGGAUGACACAAGAGACGUGUCAUCAAACAACACGCCGGACAACAUGACCAUCUCUACGUUCAUGGAAUCGUCUCCGGGCUUGGGUAAAGGUAGAUGCGCCCUCUCCACCUGUCUGACAGCGAACCUCGGCGCCUCCCUGCAGGGUGGGGACGAGACGGCCGGCCACGCCACCACCGACCCAUUCGGAAUCGGAAAGAAGUGACAGGAAGCAGCUGUUAACACAGCAUCAUCCAUAGUUAUAUAUAUACAUAGAUAACAUAUUCGGCUUGUGAGAUCUUGGGAUCAAUCUUGGGACAACUGACCAGUUCUGCCCAUGAAGACUCAUAGAAAAAAUACUUUUCUGCUGCUUUUGGAUGUUGAUGCAAAAGAAAUUCCAAACUAAGCAACACUGAAUAACGGUCUUUACAAUAUUUUACUGCUAUGAACGUAUUGAAUUUAAUUUCACAAGAGGUAACAUUAAUCCUUCUUGUGAUGACCCUGUGGUUGUCCCUGUGCUAUGCUGUUUUGGUGUGUGUGUCUUUAACUGUGUUCCAGGGUGCCUGUAGGCGGAGCCAAGGCCAGAGGAGAUGUGGCACACCUGUACGGCCUGGCUCACAUGAAUUUAAGAUGGCUGCAAACUCUUCUCUGGUCUCUCUCUUCACCAUACACAACCCUGGGGACACUCCAGCACUAUUUGUUAUACUCUUUUUUUUCCUUUUACACACACUUCAUGUUACACUCACUCAUUUGUAGUUGGGCCAAAUAAAGCCUUUAAGUAUAUGUUUGUGUGAGCUUACUCUUUUGUUUCAAGAAGGAGCAAACUUGUAACAAUCUUUUUAAGACAACAUAAAGUUGACUGUAAAAUACUGAUUUAAGCUAAUGCUAGCUUGUGUCA